AGCACGGCCUACCGCCCUCCAAACGACGACGUUUCGCCUGCCAUUAACCCCACCACCGGGUCAACUUAGCCUCCCCCACUGCUCCCACCUGUCUCCGUGUCUUGCUUGCAUUUCUACUGACUCUUCAGUAGAGGGGUGAAGUAAAAGUAUUGAGUACCUGUGUGGAUGGAUGGAUUUCGGAGAGAGAGAGAAAGAGGGAAAAUCAGAUAGAAAAUCAGAUCAAUUCGAAUCGAUCUUCGGAGCUCGCAAAUUGAAAGGCAGGCACUGAUGUUGAUUGCGAGAUUUUUACUUUCUGUUGACUGAUUGAUUGAUAGAUCCACGACCACAUAAAAGUCUAGAUUUUGGCAAUUUGCCGGCAUUUUAGUUUUUAAUUUACAUUUCGGGAGGAUCUGUUUGAAUUGAACGGAAUUGGUCUGGUUUAUGAAUUGGGGCUUCGCUGGGAACCGGCUUAUUAGCAGUGUUAGGUGGGAUAAUUAUGGGUCUCCCUGGAAAGUGGAUUAAAGCAUUGGUUGGUUCAAAGAAGUCAGAAAAGUCACAAUCCUCAGAGAAGGGUGAAAAUAGAAUUGAAAAGGUUCGGCACCGGCGAAAGCAUUCAGUAGAGAUCAAUACUGAUGUACUUCAAGAAGAGUUCAAUCAGAAUGCUGCUCCACCAGUUGUGGACGCUGACAAUCAUUCAGUUGUAGAUGCUGCUGAUUCCCCCUCUAGCUCACUUCAAGUGCAGGAUUCAGCUCAAGUUCAACAGAAUACAAGAGAAGAGUGGGCAGCCACCCGCAUCCAAACAGCUUUUAGAGGAUUUUUGGCUAGGCGAGCUUUACGAGCUUUGAAAGGUCUGGUAAGACUUCAAGCCCUUGUUAGGGGCCAUGCUGUAAGGAAGCAAGCGGCAAUAACUCUACGUUGUAUGCAAGCUCUAGUGAGGGUUCAAGCUCGUGUUCGAGCUCGGCGUGUUCGCUUGGCAUUGGAAAAUCAAACGGCACAACAAAAACUUCAGCAACAACUUGAACACGAGACUCGUGUUCGGGAAAUUGAGGGAGGAUGGUGUGACAUUGUGGGAUCUGUUGAAGACAUUCAAGCCAAGUUGUUAAAGAGGCAGGAGGCAGCUGCCAAGCGUGAGAGGGCGAUGGCAUAUGCUUUAGCUCAUCAGUGGCAGGCAAGGCAGCAAGCAGCUCCCUCUGGUUUUGAACCUGAUAAAAACAACUGGGGAUGGAACUGGUUGGAGAGAUGGAUGGCUGUUCGUCCAUGGGAAAACCGCUUUCUUGACAUUAAUCUCAAAGAUGGGAUGAUGAUUAAUAAGAAUGGAUCUGCUGAAGAAAAGAAUGAAACCAAGACCCUACUGAAAUUUGCUGGCAAGAAGCCCAUUUCUUCAAACGUUCAACAGAACCUGUCAAAUCACAAAAUGGGUCUGUCUCCUUCCGAUGGCUGUAGCUCUUCACCCAACAAGUCCUCAAGCACACAAGAGGCACCUGCUGGACGUUUUACAAGGCCACAGUCUAAGCCACCUGUUGGAGAUUUGGUUGAUGAAGCUGGAUCAAAACCUGGUAUUGGCUCAAGAUCCCAUAGCAAUCCAAAAGAGAGAUCAACUGUUGCUGAUAAGCAGUCAAAGAAGCGGUUAUCUCUUCCUAACCGUGCACAAGUGCAAGGGCUUGGGGCUCAAACUGUCAGGCUACCGGGCAGGACUGGUGUAAAAAGGACUUCAAGUGCACAGAAGUCCGUGAAGGAUAAACCCAAGUUAAAUGGAAAUGACAUAAAUCCAACGAAUUCUGUUCCAGACUGUUGAUCUGUAUCUUAAAGACACUUAUGGAAGAUCUUUUCCAUGGAAGAGCUGCCCUCUUCAGUUUGUACAUAGUGGAUCCUUCUUGCAAGGAGUUGCAGUGAAAUUCUUCUUAUCAUGUCUUCUUGAGGAGACGGACUUGUCGGAGAAAUAAGAAUAGCAUGGUUUGAGUUAAGGCUGCUGGGGUGUUGGUUAAUGUUGUCCAUUUAGUUGGUCGGUUGUAUUUACCUUUGAAGGUUAAGUUUACGUCUUGGUGUGAUGGUAUAUCUUGUGGGUGUCCUAUUUCAUUCUUUGAUUGUCGUGGAGUAUGUUCAUGCUCGAACUUACCGGUAAAGGAGAUUGGGGAAUGCAACAUGCCUGAAAGAGAAAUGUUUCAUUUGUAAGUACGGAGUGUUUCUUCCAUGAGAAGUGUAGAAUUGGCAUCAAUAUAUGUAGCUUUAUAAUUCUGAGGUGUGUGCUAAAAGUACGUUGUUUUUGUUUCUAUGUCCAAAAAGAGAAAGCCACCAUUGGCAUCGUGUGGAAGUUGGAUCAUGUCCUCCUCCUCUUGGAUGCCAAGCGGGAAAGAGAUGGGAAAUCUUUGAAGUUUCUUCAGUCAAGCAGGCUAGCUAGGACCAUUUAACCCGUCUGCAUGCUAAUCUGUUUUAGGCUGUUGUGUUGUUUACUUGGGCAGUUUUCUUGUGAGCAUUCUUGUUUUGGUGCUUAUCAGAAAGAACUUGGAGAGUUUAGAGAUGAAUAUCUGUUUUUAGAUCAAAUUAAAGCCUUUAUAAAGUAGGGAUAAAAUAGAGGGAUGCAUUG